GCAGGAUAAUAGGCUCUAAGGUGGCUGGGGAGAGAGCGAGCGCGCGGGGGGCGAGCCGGAGAGAUCCGCUCUCUCACUCCCAAACUUUGAUGAUGACCAUGACUACGAUGGCUGACGGGCUGGAAGCGCAGGACUCCUCCAAAUCCGCCUUCAUGGAGUUCGGGCAGCAGCAGCCGCCGCAGCAGCCGCCGCCGCCGCAGUCCCACUCCCAGCAGAGCUCGCCGGCCAUGGCAGGCGCCCACUACCCGCUGCACUGCCUGCACUCGGCGGCCGGCUCGCACCCGCACCACCAGCACCACCACCACAGCUCGCCCUACCCCGCCAGCGGCAACUCCUACAACCACCGCUCGCUGGCCGCCUACCCCUACAUGAGCCACUCGCAGCACAGCCCUUACCUCCAGUCCUACCACAACAGCAGCGCGGCCAGCCAGACGCGGGCGGACGAUGCAGAUCAGCAAAAAACAACAGUGAUUGAAAACGGUGAAAUCAGAUUCAAUGGAAAAGGCAAGAAGAUACGGAAGCCUCGAACCAUUUAUUCGAGUUUACAACUUCAGGCUUUAAAUCAUCGCUUUCAGCAGACUCAGUACCUGGCACUUCCAGAGAGAGCUGAACUGGCAGCUUCCUUAGGACUUACUCAGACACAGGUGAAGAUCUGGUUUCAGAACAAACGCUCCAAGUUUAAGAAGCUGCUAAAGCAGGGCAGCAAUCCUCAUGAGAGCGACCCUCUGCCAGGUUCCGCUGCCCUGUCCCCGCGGUCUCCAGCUCUCCCUCCAGUCUGGGACGUUUCAGCUUCUGCCAAGGGAGUCAGUAUGCCUCCCAACAGCUACAUGCCUGGUUAUUCUCACUGGUAUUCUUCUCCACAUCAAGACACAAUGCAGAGACCACAGAUGAUGUGAAUUGUCCAAGAGAAAUAAUCUAUCAAAAAGCCCAUGUCUCGAUAUGGCAAGCAGUCCGCUGUCUUGCCAGCGGUGCCAAUUUAACAGGCUCUGUGUGAACUUGUAUGUGUGGCAAGGAGACAAGGUUGGGGGUUUUUUUUGUUUUUUUUUUUGUUUUGUUGUUUUCUUUUAGUAACCUCAGUGAUUGAUCUUGAACAGAAAGAGACAUUUUUCCCCCCAUGCUGGCGCACAUAAGACACUUCUCUUUAGGAUGUUUUAAUCUGGACUCGAAGGAACCAGCCUCGUGGCUUUGGAGUAUACUGUCAAAGCAAACUUUUUUACAGACUUUUUCCCACCAGAAGAACCUGAGUAUAGCCGGCAACGUUUUUACUUGUUUAAUGAGCUAACGAUAUUACAUGAUGAAAGGGAGGCCAUUCAAGCUCCUGCAUUUGUAUUCACCAAAGCCAGACUGGAGGGGAGGGGGCGCAAAAAUGCUUGAAAAGGAAAAUAUACUGUACGAUUAAAACAUUACCACGAAGCAAAAACUGCAUGCUUUAUCAAAAUGGAAUGGACAGCAACCAAGAAGAAACCACUGUCUCUCCCUCAGAUCUCUGCCCCCAACUCCCCCCUCCCAAAGUCUCCUGAAAUCUAACAGGAAAAGGGCAAAGGAGGAACCCACCAGAACAACCAUCCUAUGGCUUUGAAAGGUUCAGUACUUGAUUGAGGGUAUUCUCACCAAUUUACUAAGCUAUAGAGACGUUUAUAUUGAGCAACCUUUCUGUAUAUAUUGCUGAAUUUUAGUUGUAAAUAUACUUUGUAUGUUUUUGUCUUCUUUCAUAUAUAGAGUAAAAGCCACAAAACGUCCGUGUGUCCUGUAUUUCUCUAUAUAUUAUAAAGC